AUGGACUUAUUACCAACUGAUCCGGAUGCACCUAUUUAUACAGUCGACAAUCUCAUUCACAAAAAAUUUUUGGAUAACUCAAAUUUUUGCCUAUGUUUACAAGAAUAUCUUAAAAACUCACUCUCCAUAGAAAUUGCAAUAAUUCCACAAGAACCACCAAGAGAUUGGCCGAAGAAAAAGAAACAAUCAUUGAACUAUCUGAUACAGUUACUGGGCACAUAUGAAAAUAGAGAAGAAAUGGAACGGAUCGUCUCGGAUUUUUUCAAAGAUCUAUUCACAAAAAUACAAUGCCAAACAUUCAGUGACGACAAAGUUAAAAAGUGGCUACAGCAUUCGUUUACAAGAGCAAAUAAUAUUAAAUGUAUCGAAGAAAUUAUCAACGAAACAUCUUUGAAUUUGUUCGUUGUAUGCGAAGAAGAUGCUCAGCAUUCAUUAAGAAUUCAUUAUGUAGCCAAAGAUCUAAUGAAUGUUCCGGACAGUGAAGAACUCAAUAAAAUAAUUGAACUCAAAAUUUCACAAGAAGUAGUAGAGGUACUUUGUUCGCAAGAACAAUCAAAAACAAUCAUGAAAGAAUUAAGAACAAUGAUAGCAAAAGCAGAAAAAAAAGGCAAUGUCUCAGUUUUUAUCGACAGUAUCUAUUCGGGAUCGAGACGAAAAUCAUAUAAUAUAAUUUUAUUUGGCUACCACAAACUUGUAAAUCGGUUAAAGAAUGAAUUUCUAAAUAUGAUCGAUAGACGUAGUGUCGUAAUUUUCAAACUAAACUUACUCGAUGAAUUUCAAAUUGAAUUUCUUCUCAGAGAAUGUGCUGAAAAAUUAAAACAAAUUGUAAAGACAUAUAAAGAAUUUGGUGUUCAUUUUCGAUUAAGACGGCGAGAAUUUGUUGCGCCUCAACAUCUGAAAGAUGAAAUUGAAUCUUGUAUUACACAGCUGUUAUCGAGCUCGACAUCAAAAACAUUCAAGAGUAUACCAUUAUCCAAAGACAUAGCAGAUAUUGCAGAAAAACAAUUGAAAAAUAUUGCACGAAAAUGUCACUGUCAUAUUAUAACUGAAUCAAAAUACAAAUUUCGCUCUUAUACAAUACCAAAGGGGUUGUCGUCCAAUGGACACGUAUUAAAAUCAACAAUGGAGCAAUCGGAACAUUUUCUUUCUUCGCCAGAUGUAUUCAACAGACUUGCUGUGGCGGAUGGAUCAAUUGAGAUUCGUACAGGAGACAUAGCUCGACAGGACGUUGAUACAAUUGUCAUUCCGGUUACAUUCAAUGGAUUGAGGGAGGGUGUCAUUGAACGAGCAGAUGCCUUCAACUAUGAAAAGAAUUAUACAGAUGAAACGGAUAUAAAAUUUACUGAAACAAAUGGGGGUAAAUUGAAUUGCAAACGGAUUUUAUUUUCCAAUUGGACGCCAUCUAAAACUAUGAAUGAUGAUGAUUUGAGAAAAUCGAUAAAAAUAUUUAUUUCAAAAUCAAUUGAACACGCAACAAAAGAGAAAACUCAAACAUCAGUAGCCUUCGCUGUUCCCGAUUCAUGUUCGAAUGAAAUUAUAUUAGCACGAGAGAUGAUUGAUACAGCCAAAAAGCAGCUAGAAUCUAAAAAUUUGCAACUAAAAAUUUCCUUUAUCUUGCUACCAGAACAGCGAACUUUGCAUAGCCAAUGCUUUGCUGUCAUUGGAACGAUGCAAGAUAUUUAUGCGCAAUUUGACUGGACAAAUAGAGUUAUCAAGACUACAGUUAUUGCAUCUCACGUUGGUAACUUAACCAAAUGUCAGGAAAAAAUAAAUAGCUAUUUGAAUCAAUGUACGACCUCAAAGAAGCUGACAAAUUCAAAUAGUAUCUUUCAGCAUUGGGAUCAAUAUACGAUCAAUGCUUUUUAUAAAUAUUGUCAAGACCAAUGCGUUUUGCUACAAAUCGAUCAAAAAAAGCAAGAACUCGAACUGAUUGGUCCCGUAAACAAUGUCAUCGAAGCUAGUCAAAGAUGGAGUCUCCUCUCUGAUCUAAUGGCAGAAAAAUUUUCACGAAUAUCAUCAAUAGAAUGUUCAAGUUCAGUAGCUAUGCGUACACCACGAGCUCGUAGUGAAGCCGUGAUUGAGGCAGCUAAAGUUUACAAUAUCAUGAUUAGUUAUUGUCAGGAAGAUAUAAAACAGUGUCAGUAUCUGAUUAAUAGAUUGACGGAAGAGGGUUUCUUCGUUUGGGCCGAGCCAUUAAUCGUCGAGCAACCACGUGAUGUUUCGUCUCAGAUCAGCAAAGCAGAUUGUAUCAUUCUUUGUGUUAGUGAAAAUUACUGCGAUAGUUCCUCGUGUGAAAAAGAAGCUCGGUAUGCUUUUCAAACGAGCAAGCAAGUUUUCCCGGUGAAAAUUCAAAAUCAUUCACUAAUUAGUUGGCAGCGAGAAGUCUUUGAAGAAAGAAUAUUUUUUCAACUGUUUGGAUCAAAAAAUCAUUUUGAUUUACAAUUUGGAAAGUUACUAUUUGAAAUAUUGCGAUAUACCAAGCCCACAUAUGGUUCUCUCCUGCAGCAAAUAUCUGGUGGUCAGAAUAAGAAUGCAGACGAAUCUCGAAGUUUUUUGACAGUUGAACAACGACGAUCUAUGCACAAUCAUAAGAUUAGAACACUUACAGAUAUUGGACGCAUAGGAAAAAAAGAGAUGAAGACUCUAGUUGAACAACUACAAAAUGUUAUUAAUGAUAUUGAUAAUACAGGAAGUGAAUCAAACGACCAAGCCGAGUCAAACAAUGAUAAUCACAUAAGAUAUCAGAAUGCUACAGGUCAGUUACUUGUUUGA